ACAAAACAUUAUCUGAGAGAGACAAACAUUAUCUGAGAGAACAAACAUUAUCUGAGAGAGACAAACAUUAUCUGAGAGAGACAAACAUUAUCUGAGAGAAACCAACAUUAUCUGAGAGAAACAAACAUUAUCUGAGAGAAACAAACAUUAUCUGAGAGAAACAAACAUUAUCUGAGAGAGACAAACAUUAUCUGAGAGAAACAAACAUUAUCUGAGAGAAACAAACAUUAUCUGAGAGAGACAAACAUUAUCUGAGAGAGACAAAUCUGAAACUUGAGAGAAAAAAUGAAAUUGGGGAAAAGUCCGAAACGUGAGAACAGGAACACUCUUUAACGUUCUCUCCUCUUCAGGUGGAUGGGAUGGCGGGCAUCGAGUACCACGACCUGGAGGCCGCCGAGGCGCUGGUCAGCAUGAGCUUUGGGGGUCAAAUGUCACACAAGCCCCGCCCCCUGACCCCCUCCGACUCCUGUGACUCCAUCCACCUUCAGGGGGGGGGCGAGGGUCCCAAAGACCUGAUCGCCCUGUCAUCGCUGUGUAUGACACCACCUCACAGUCCCAGCUUCCCCUCGGAGACCUCCGUCCCCCUUUCAGAGACCUCAGAGACCUCCGCCUCCCAGGUGGACUCCUGCGUCCUCACCAAGCGGUCAUCCGCCACACUGACAGCCUCGCUCCCUCACCCCAGCCUCCACGGAAACCCUUUACCCCAGCCUACACAGAACACUUUACCCCAGCCUCCACAGAACCCUUUACCCCAGCCUACACAGAACCCUUUACCCCAGCCUACACAGAACCCUUUACCCCAGCCUACACAGAACCCUUUACCCCAGCCUACACAGAACCCUUUACCCCAGCCUACACAGAACCCUUUACCCCAGCCUCCACAGAACCCUUUACCCCAGCCUGCACAGAACCCUUUACCCCAGCCUACACAGAACCCUUUACCCCAGCCUGCACAAGAACCCUUUACCCCAGCCUACCAGAACCCUUUACCCCAGCCUACACAGAACCCUUUACCCCAGCCUCACACAGAACCCUUUACCCCAGCCUCACAGAACCCUUUACCCCAGCCUACACAGAAACCCUUACCCCAGCCUACACAGAACCCUUUACCCCAGCCUACACAGAACCCUUACCCCAGCCUACACAGAACCCUUUACCCCACCUACACAGAACCCUUUACCCCAGCCUACACAGAACCUUUACCCCAGCCUACACAGAACCCUUUACCCCAGCCUACACAGAACCCUUACCCCAGCCCUACACAGAACCCUUUACCCCAGCCUGCACAGAACCCUUUACCCCAGCCUGCACAGAACCCUUUACCCCAGCCUGCACAGAACCCUUUACCCCAGCCUGCACAGAACCCUUUACCCCAGCCUGCACGGAACCCUUUACCCCAGCCUGCACAGAAACCCUUUACCCCCUGCACAGAACCUUUUCCCCAGCCUGCACGGAACCCUUUACCCCAGCCUGCACAGAACCCUUUACCCCAGCCCGCACGGAACCCUUUACUCCAGCCUGCACAGACCCCCUCACAGACCCCCUCACAGACCCCCUCACAGACCCCCUCACAGAUCCCCUCGCCACCUCUGCUCUGCCAGGUGUUCAGCAGCCGCUCGGGGUUGAUCUCCGCCUUCGUGCAGGCGCCCAUGCAGGUGUUCGUUGUGCCACAGGCGUCCGCAGCGCCGCACGCCGUCAUGACGCUGGGCAACACUAAGCUCCUCCCCCUGGCGCCGGCGCCCGUCUACCUGCCGUCCGGAGCGAGCGGCGGCGUCACGCAGGCAGACUUCUCCCGACGCCGAAACUACGUCUGCAACUUCCCCGGCUGCAAGAAAACCUACUUUAAGAGCUCGCACCUGAAGGCUCACCUGCGCACACACACAGGCGAGAAGCCGUUCAGCUGUCACUGGGAAGGCUGCGAUAAGAAGUUUGCCCGAUCCGACGAGCUGUCGCGACACCGCCGGACGCACACGGGCGAGAAGAAGUUCGUCUGCAGCGUCUGCGAGCGGCGCUUCAUGCGCAGCGAUCACCUGACCAAACACGCCCGGCGUCACAUGACCACAAAGAGGGCUUCGUCGUGGAGCGCCGAGCCCCGGGACCUCAACAGAGGCCCCGCCCCCUCACUUCCUGUCGGCGUGCUGGUGAGCACCGCCAACUAACAGUCAACUCAGGAACCAAACUGUGACUCUCAAUCAGCUCCACAUCCGGAGGAACUUUUUUUCUACAGAUAUCUCUGCUGGCCAGAAGCUGAGGGCCGGCUGCGUCUGCGCGAGAUUCAGCGUGAAGUAAAAUCAAGUCAUUAUAACUCUUUAGGGUUUAUCUUAGAGAUCGUCAGGUGAACUAAAGGUAGCUUCCCUUCUUUCCCUCUACCAGCGACCCUCUGAGGCUAAAACGCUCAGUACACUCCACGACACCUAAAAUCUGAAUGCUAACGUUAGCAUGUUAGCAUGAUAAUGUCAAAACAUUAUAAUUUCCUGAUUUUUAGCAUGUUAACAAGCUCAAAGUUAAAUGCUAACAUUUAUGAUGUAACGCUUAGAGUUUUACAUGCUAUCAUGCCAACUUUCAUAAGCUGAAAUAGGUGCAAUUAGCAUGCUAACGUUAGGCCGUUAGCAUGCUAAUGUCAAAACAUUUUAAUUUCCGGAUUUUUAGCAUGUUAACGACUCAAAGUUAACAUGUGCCGAUGCUAACAAUUAGUAUGUAACGCUAAGCGUUUUACAUGGUAUUAUUCUAACUUUUUAAUAAGCGGACAUAGGUGCAAUUAGCAUGCUAACGUUAGCAUUAGCGCUGUUCCACUGAUUUUAAGAUAUCUGCAGCCCUUUUAAAAAUAAACAGUAACCUUUAAUGUUCCACCACAGUUGUUGUGUUUGGAAAUCAGACUCAAAGCCCGCAGAAAAUAUGAGGUUUAAGGUGUUUUAAACGUAUAUAUAUUGAGAUAAAGAUCUAAUUAAAUCAUGCAGACGCAGCCAGCGGACGUCGGAUCGAGCUUCCCGACAUCCUCAGGACGUUUUAUUCCACAAACUCACCGUAAAGGAGGACGAGGCGACAGGCUGCUACUCUCACGGACAGACACCAACAGAAACCUGACAUUGCACUGGAUUUUUUUAAUCUUGCUUGUUUUUGUACUCUCCGUGUAUACUCAUGUUUACUUCAAUGUUUAGCAAAGAUGUAUGCACUCUUUUUAUUUGUUGCCAAAGCCUCUGUAUUGUGCUUCUGUUAUUAUUGUUAUUAUUGUUAUUAUUAUUAUUAUUAGCCUACUUCUGUGUCUGUAAAUACUGUAAAUAUAUUGAUAUCUAUAUGAACGUGACGUGUAUUCCAGUCUGCAUUUAUUGUACGAAUUCUGACAGUAUUCCUCGCUGUGAGAAUACCUACUAUCUUUACACGGCCAUUAUUUAAUGAAGCGUUUGUUGAAGAAGAAGUGCUGGUUUCUCCUGAUUGGCCCAUAGUGUAGCCAGUAAGAAAAUACCUCGUUAUUAAAUGUUAUUCUUAAUAAUAACGGCUUAUAUCUGAAUAAUCCCAUCUUCUGAACAUUUGCCUGUAAGCGAUGUUGAAGAAUAUGGCUUUUAUAAUAAAAACCUACCAUGAAAAAUA